AUGAGUGCGCAGAACCCUCAGUCGGCGUCCAUGCUCCAGCGCAUCGACUUCUCUCGACUACAUGUGGACAUCGAUGCCUUUCUCAACCCAUAUCUACCGCCUCCACCGUGGCGUCAUCUGCCUCGGCCCAUCUCCCGAUUCUUCGGGUACAGAAAGACUCUUGCUCCGAAACCCCUGGGGAAUCUCGUGAUCGCCUUCUGGUCUUUGAUCGGAGUCUUCUGUGGUGUGCUCGUGGUUGCGGAGGUGUCUGAGCAUAUUCCAUCAUUCCAAGCCCACCAUGCCCCGAUCAUCGUGGCCAGUUUUGGUGCUGCUGCUGUCUUGGAAUUCUCUGCCAUCGAAUCACCCUUUGCCCAACCGCGCAAUGCCGUCCUGAGUCAGAUUCUGGCUAGUUUCGUCGGCGUUGCGAUAGGCAAGCUCUUCGCGCUGAACGAGAACGCCCACUCUAUGCCGCAAGUCGGCGGUGCUUUGGCGUGUGCCAUCACUACCGCCAUCAUGACGAUUACAAACACGGUCCAUCCCCCUGCCGGCGCCACCGCCCUUCUUGCCGUCACUCAAUCCUACGAUGUGGGAUGGUACUUAAUCUUAAUUAUGCUGCUGGGCUGUGUGCUCAUGCAGGCAGUGGCCUUGGUUAUCAACAAUAUUCAACGCCGCUUCCCUAUAUACUGGUGGACGCCGCAGUCUCUGGAACGCCCCAAGCCCGACGACACCGAAAGCGCCAGGGAGGCCAAAGAGGGAAGUGUUGCUUCCGUCCAAACCAACGAUACCUUUCCCGGCGUUCCAACCCAUAUUGUUAUCGAAAAAGGGAGUGUCAUGCUUCCAGACAAUGUCACGGUCACGGAGCAGGAGAUGGUAGUGCUGAAAAGAAUUAGCGAACGAUUAUAG